GCAUAUGGAAGUUCCAUAGGCUAGGGGUCGAAUCCCAGCUACAGCUGCCAGCCUGCGCCACAGCCAACGCCAGAACCGAGCGCAUCUGCGAUCAACACCACAGCUCACAGCAGUGCCUGCUCUCUGAUCCACUGAUCAAACCCAGGGAUCGAACUCGCGUUCUCAACAGAUUCCUUUCUGCUGCACCCGGACGGGCACUCCCACGUAGAGGUUAUGUAAUGUGGUGUGUCAGUAAAGCGCCCUCACCACCCCAAACUAGUGCAAGAAUCUUGAUAGUUCCGUGUCUCUCUCUCCGCUGCGCCUAACAUCAAGUAAGCGCCCGCAGAAUCUUAACUUCGACUCAAGUGUUUCCUCCACGUAGGCUUCUGCGCUUCCUCAUGCAGAACCAUGUAAUUGAGCCUCCCUCUUCCACCGGACCACCGGACUGGGGGCGCUGGCCGGAAGGAAACUACAACCCCCAGCUUGCCGCGUGCCCAGGCGGGGCGUGGCCAAUAACGUGGCGGGCUGCGCUCCGGGAGUCGUAGUUUGCGCGUGCGCCCUCGGCGGAUUCCUGUCCCAUAAGUCUACGCGCGUCGUCCUCCUCGCCCUCCAGGCCGCUUGCUUCCAGCCGGGAAUCUCCCCGCCGCAGCUCUGCUAUCCGCCCUCCACCCUCAGCCAUGUUGCCCGCUACUCUGCUCCGCCGCUCGGGUCUUGGCCGAGUCGUGCGCCAGGCUCGCGCCUACGCCGAGGCCGCCGCCGCCCCGGCCUCUGCAGCAGGCCCAGGGCAGAUGUCCUUCACCUUCGCCUCACCCACUCAGGUGUUCUUCAACGGAGCCAACGUCAGGCAGGUGGACGUUCCCACGCAGACAGGAGCCUUUGGCAUCUUAGCAUCCCACGUGCCCACUCUGCAGGUCCUGCGGCCAGGGUUGGUUGUGGUUCACGCUGAGGAUGGCACCACCUCCAAAUACUUUGUGAGCAGCGGCUCUGUCACGGUUAACGCUGACUCUUCUGUGCAGUUACUGGCUGAAGAAGCUGUGACACUGGACAUGCUGGACCCUGGGGUGGCCAAGGCGAACCUGGAGAAGGCGCAGUCGGAGCUGUUGGGGGCUGCAGAUGAGGCAUCAAGGGCUGAGAUCCAAAUCCGUAUUGAGGCCAAUGAGGCCCUGGUGAAGGCCCUGGAGUAGGCGGAUUUCCACGGGCUGAUGUGCCCACUACUCCUCUGUCCCUGCAUAGCCUGCUGCAGAAAUCUGCUCCUGGCCACUUCCAAUGGACAGUUUGCCCCCUUCCCGAGCCCCCUAUUAAAGACCUGGGACCCGACAA